GUUCCCAUAGAGAUGACAGCUCAUAGACAGAGGGAGGGCUGUUCCCCAGCAACCAUCUCUUCAGCCCCUAUCCCACCUCUAUACCUGGACUUCAGCAGUACCCACCUGCCUGCUGUGACACCACAUCAUGGACCAGCGUGUGCUAGAGGUUCCAAAUCCCUGUGCACCUGAUGGGACAGAGAAUGGCUCUAAGCUGGCCAACCAUACUUCAGUGGAACCUGAAAAAGAGAAAAAGGAGCAUUUUCCAGAAAGCAGACACAGAACACCCCAAAGGAGCUCCAGCAGAGCUCAGGGAACAGCAAAGAAUCGUGCACCUGCUAAAUCCCAGACAUCUCUUUCUACAAAGUGUGUUCAGACUAAAAAACAGAGCAAACAGAAUCUCCAGGCCAAAACUCCCCCUGCAGAGAGUCCUCAUUCAAGAGGACUUGAAAAGAAAAAAGACACUUCUGCCACCAAAGACCCAGUAGUGGGGCUUGAGCCAACAGGGGAGAAGAGCACUUCCUGCCUGUCUGAAAUACCUACACAGGGGGAGGCAGAAAAAUUAGUAGCGCGCAAGCAGCAAACACUGAGUGCUCGAAGGCUUGGAUCUUCUCACAAGACCGUCAAAGACAGCUAUGAAAAAGCCAAGGAGAUGGACAGCGCAUUAAGUGCCAAAGGAUCCUUAACAUCAUUAGGGACAGAUAUGAAAGGAGAAUGGAACCCCCUUCUGGCAAAGAAAAACAAUUUGAUCUGUGCUAACAGGAAAUAUAAAUUUGCCACUGCAGAUGUAGUUACCAGUGAAGAAGAGGAUAGGCGAGCUCUGUGCAAAGCAGCAUUAAUCAUGGGACAGAAAAGACUCAGCGACCGCACUGGAAUGCAAAAAACCUCCUCAAACUCUGCAUCUCUUACUGAUUACAAUCAUCUGGGGUUUAACCUGAGAUCAAAUAUCUUCCAAGGUGGCCCACUGGAAAGCCGAAGCUUGAUGAAAGAUUCCUACACCCCUGACAUAACUCAGAGAGUAAUCAGGGAUCCCAAAAACUGGUACGGAAGGAGGACUGAUGAGCUAGGAAAAUGGCGUGAGAAAAAUGCCCUAAAUCUUAACCUACAGAAAGCACUGCAGGACAAAUACAGGAAGAAAUAAAGCAAGUCUUAGAAGAUGAAGGUUUCUGGAGUGCAUUCAGCGAGGGAUCUUUUUCCUCAGCUAAUAAAUCUCCAUUUAAAGCAGUAA